AUGGGAAAGCCCCCUCCCCUCUGGACCACGCGUCCCUCCACCCCGCAAACCCCAAGAACUCCCCCAAGGAGGCGACAGGCACUGACCUGUGAUGUUCACACACCAGACACCCGAACCCCGUUAUCUGCUCGACCCUCAAGUAGUCUCUCCACACCUCCGCGAGCAGACGACCCCCCGACAGCAGCCACUGCGGACACAGGACCCGGCUCCACACACCCCCUCCCCAAACAGCAGCGCGCAGCCUCUUCACCAGCAACCCAGGAGUCGGGGAGGGGGCCCCCAGACAGUCAGCAGGAGCGCAGAGGCGACGGCAAGGCUGCUCAGAGUGUCUGUACCCUCUCUGUCGCCGCUCCCGAACUCAGGCACGGGGCAGAGGGGGAGGGGACGAAGCUGCCCGCCGCCAUUUUGCUUGUGGGCUGCCGCCCGCCGUGGCCUCUUCCACAGAGGCUCGAAGAUGGCCAACUGGAGGCGGAGAGCGGGCAGAAGCUCCGUCUUUUUCACAACAGAUGCAUUCGACAAGUCACCGAAGGGGCUGAGGAGGCUCCAGUGCGCAGACUCCGGGCACCGGAUAAAAGCGGAGCUGGAGCGUCCAGCGCCGUCUCGAUGGAGGAGCGAGAAACGGAAGAGGUCGGGGGGAGAAGCAGCAGGAAAAGUACAGCCACCGUCAGCGCCGCUUUCCUGCCACCGUGUAUCGGGGUAAAAAGCUGCCGUUGCCGUCGGUGCAGUUGCCGUCGCCGCCUCCUACUUCUUUUGGCCCCGGGGAAGGACUUCCCCGCCGGCGGGACAUGUGCGGGGUGGGGAGCGGGAGUUCCUUUAUGUGGCGGGGAUUAAACGAGGGAGGGACAGAGAGAAGGUGAUCUCGAAGAAGGAAGGGGGAAGGCCAAAGAAUAAAACAAGGGUUUCCCCCCACUAAAAUGACACGGUGAUUCCGGUUCUUGUUUUCGGGGUCUUUUCACCCGAAAUGGCGGUUUCCGUCUUCUCGCUCCGCAGGGACCCGGGGCGCUUGGUAAGCGGAGUGGGGAGAGGCAGAGGCGGUCCUCGCAGCCAAUCGGUGCCUGAGGUGUUCCGACGGGCGCGUCGUGAUUGGCUGGCGAUGACCUCAUGCUGCAGCAGCGGGUGGGGCCAGAGCCGUCGGGGGAGGCUGUUGCAAAGGCAGUGAGGGAGAAGUGACGAUGGCGAUCGUUGCUGCCGCGGCCGAUAUGGAACCCAAGCAGUGGCGAAGAGAAUCUCAAGGCUCUUCCCUGAGUAUUUCCUCCUGUCCCUGCGCGAGGUGAGGGCCCCGGCUCGGCCUCUGCGAAACUUUGGGGCGCUGGCGCGGACGAGGAGAGACAAUUCCUCCCCAUGACUUUUGUAACUGCGUCAGGGCAAGAUGGCGCUGGGUCUCCUUGGGGCGCGGGGGGAGAGGCACGUCCACCGCCGCCGCAGCGCAUGUGACCGGGCUGCAUUCCUGUGGGGUUUGGCUCCGACCCAGGCUGGGGCGGGGGAGGGGAAAGGGCUUGGGCGGAGGAGACUGUGGUGCGGUCGGCGUUGGCGGCCUGAAGAGGAAGAGAUGACUGUUGGCGAGCGCUUCCCCUCCCCCAUACAGCUCGCAGCUGCGGCUCCCGGGGGAAAGCCCCUGGAGGGAGGCUCCUGACGGGGUGUGACAGCUGUUGGUGGAGGAGAAGGUCCGGUGCCCUAUUUUCUUAUCUACCUUUCUCCUUGCGAAGUACUUACGUAAGGUGGCAGGUUCCUAAUGUGGGAGUCGCCAUCAACUGUGAGCCCCUGAGGGCCGCUGGCCUGAGCGAAAGAGCGAGGCUAGCUGGGCCACAACGUCAAGAAGUAUCAGUUAUUUUCCGGGAAAACGUAAAGUUGCUCGGGUACCAGUAGACAAAUACUUAACUAAAUUUGGAAGCAAGUGUAAAAGGUGUAAAUAACACCCAGGAACAUUUAAAAUUUCCUGAGAGUUAGAAGAAACCAAGGAAUAUGCCUUCGGAAUUUUGAGGACCCUUUUCCUUUUCAGGCUUUCUGUUCUUCCGUCUGUACUUCUCAUAUCCUCCCAUCUGUAUAUUCUACAAGAAAUGUGUAAUCUUAGUGGAUAUGCUUUUCUUUUUUAUUUAGGCGUGGUUAGUAAUAACAGAAUAAAAGCUGUUAGUGUUGUAAUCUGUUUGAAGUUCUAAGGAUGUUUUCAAUAUUUUUGUUUCUCUGUCGCCCUCUUAACUAUGGUUUUUAAAAAUAAAAGACGAAAUGCUCACGCUC